AUGUUUGUGACUCCUAGACUCGGACGCACUCUUUCGGUACUCGCUCAGCGAGGAACUACCAUAGCUAAGGCUACCAGAAAUGCGAGCACUGUUGCAGCUGCUACAGAUAUUACUAGGGAUAAAUACAAAGUCGUCGUGGUAGGCGGAGGUUCUGGAGGACUGAAUAUCGCCAACCAAAUUUACGAUCGUUUCAAGGCUGCUGGCAAACAACUGAACAAGGGCGACGUCCUGGUGUUAGACGCGGCAGAAUACCACUACUAUCAGCCCGGUUGGACGUUGGUCGGUGCUGGUCUUCGUCCCAAGACCGAUUUCCGACGAUCUCUCGCCUCGCUUGUUCCAGGCCAUAUCUCACAUAUCCCGGAGAACGUGACAUCGUUUUCCCCGGCCACUUCCUCCGUCAUGACCCAGUCUGGACGUUCUGUAACAUACGAAUCCCUCGUGGUUGCUGCCGGACUUAAAAUUAACUGGGACGCUAUUUCAGGACUGACAAAGGCUCUUUCGGACCCGUCGUCUGGAGUUUCAUCCAUCUACUCUUACAACACGUGUGAUAAAACAUGGUCAGAUAUAGACUCUCUCAAGUCCGGGAAUGCAGUCUUCACACAGCCCGCUGGGAUUAUAAAAUGUCCAGGUGCCCCUCAAAAGAUCAUGUGGAUGGCAUGGGACAGAUACCGGAGGACCAACCGAGGAAGCUAUAUCAAGAUGGACUUUUAUUCCGGUUUGCCAACCAUGUUUGCGGUCAAGAAAUACUCCGAUGCUCUGAACGCACUACGUAUUGAGCGGGGCGUGGGGGCCGAGUUUUUGCACAACUUGGUUUCCGUAGAUGCCGGAAACCGCAAAGCAAAGUUCAAGAAAGCUGACGAAACCACCGUUGACAUCGAUUUCACUGUUUUGCACGUGACGCCCCCGAUGGGACCGCUCGAUUUCAUCAAACGGUCCCCUCUUGCCGAUGCGGAGGGAUGGCUCCAGGUCGACCAUACCACAUUGAGGCAUGUCAACCCAGCAUAUGGAAACAUAUUUGCCCUCGGAGACUGUGCCUCGCUUCCUACUAGCAGAACGGCAGCUGCUAUAACAUCGCAAACGCCAGUGCUGGCGGAAAAUCUAUUUUCCGUUGUAGACACCGGCAAAGUCGGUGUUGCGAAGUACGAUGGCUACACCAGCUGCCCUCUAUUGACAGGAUAUGGUGAACUAAUGCUCACCGAAUUCAAAUAUGGUUUUGAGCCCAAGGAGAGUUUCGCCAACUACAUGGGAGAUCAAAAAACACCCAGGAGAGUCUAUUACCACUUGAAAAAGGAUUUGUUUCCAUGGGCAUAUUGGAAUUUCAUGGUACACGGAAAGUGGUUCGGACCUUCAGGACCUAUUAGACCUACGUUCUUGUAA